UGAAAACUGUUUAUUUUCGACUUUUCCUGUCUUAUUGUUUUUCAGUGAUAAUAUAUUCUCUUGUGUAGUCCUCCACCCGGGACAGUGUGUUUUGUAUUGGUUCAGGAGCCUGAUGAUAAUACGCAUUCCUCAUUUGAUGUUCUGCAACUAUUAAUUCUUCUUCUGUUCGUUUAUAGUGGCAACCCUGGAACAGACAGGCCCGCCAUACUACUCCUCUGAAAAUGGAUUUGAAGCUGAGAAGAUUGGACCUGUCCAAAAGCUUCAUCAGACAGUUGCACACACUUGGUCUGCCACACCUGCAACAGCUUGACUUGAGUUACAACCAGCUGGAUCUCAUCGCUGAAGAGGCCUUCAUAAACCUGGCCCAACUUGAAGCGCUGAAUCUGUCCAGAAACGCUCUGUACAACAACGUUGGCAGGAACGGCAGAGCCCUCCGAUCCGUUGGCGGGCUGAGGCGUUUGGACAUAUCUCUGAACAACUUGAACGACGACGCGGUGGAACUCUACCUCCAAAACAAAUUCUCCCUGAUUCAUCUUGACCUCACUGGCAACGGCAUCACGGCACUCACGCACAACACGUUCAAAGAAUGCCAAGGACUAAAGACCAUUAUCGCGGCCAAUAAUCUGAUAAGAGACAUAGAACCGGGAACAUUUGAACCGCUUAUGCGAUUAGAGACACUCGACUUGUCCCAAAAUAAUUUGGCACAUAUCUGUGAUUUUCAAUUACAUCAAGUGAACUACUUGAAUCUCAGUCAAAAUUCAAUAGAGUUCUUCAUGACACGGCAAGACGAAGAGUUAUUCAGGCUAGAAAUCCUAGACCUGAGUGACAAUAAACUAUUUUAUUUCCCCAUUGUUCCAAAGUUCAUCCAUUUGAGAUAUCUUUAUUUACAAAAUAACAUGAUUGGUGCUUUGAAUUCAGAGGCAACAAUGAUCUCAGAGGCCAGAUCUGUUUAUAAAGAGAUUGUUAUCGGGAAAGCCAAUACAAAGUAUCACGAAAUAUUCUCUAACUGGAGAAUAAUGCCAUUGAUUUACAUUGACCUGAGCAGCAACCAUUUCAGGUCGGUACCCUUUGAAACGUUAAGCCUUCUCACCUCUUUAGAAACCUUAAACUUUAGUAGGAAUUGUCUGCAAAAUAUUGAACUUAAUAUUACAAAGCCUGGCCAAUUGGGAUAUAAUUACCAGCGAUUAUUCCCAUCCCUGAGGCACCUAGACUUGCAGAAGAAUAGCCUAAGAUACAUUACCCCACUCUUUUUCAAGGCCUUACCAAAACUUGAGACAUUAAACUUACAAGCAAACUCAGUGAAACCAUGUCCACCUGGAAAUGGGUUGGGACGGAACAAAUCCGAUCAGCACGCACUCGGCAGACACAACAUGUCUUGUGUUGCCUUCAGACAAAUAAAGACUCUUAAGCACCUGAACCUUGAGGACAAUGGCAUACAGGUGCUCUACGCCAACACUUUCGAGAAAACAUCUUUGGCUCACCUCAACCUCGCUGGGAACCGUCACAUGGUCCUGGAAGAAGGUACGCUGGAGGGUGUGCAGGGAAGCCUUCAGUCCCUGAGUCUCAGCGCGACCAAUGUUUCCAGCCGUGACCUUUCCUUGCCCUGUAUGCCAGCAUUGUCUCAACUCAACCUCUCCAACAACCAUCUGGACAGCAUCCCUGCUAGUCUGAGUUGUUCUCCUCUGAGGGAGCUUGACUUGAGCAACAAUGCCUUGGUGUCUUUGAACCGUUCUCUGAUCAGAGCCAUGUCGUCGCACCUUAGCGCCUUGUACAUCAGAGGGAAUCGCUUCGACUGUUGCAAUGCAUCGUGGGUGACCGUUUUGAAUGAGUCACAGGUGAACGUACCUGAUUUGAGUGAAGCAAAGUGUGCUGUUGACUGGAUCAAGUAG